AGCGUAGCGUAUACCUAAGAAACGGUGGAUGAGACAACGAUGAUGUAGCCGCUGCCUAUUCGUUUUCAUUCACAGUUGUACGUUUAUUUAGUGCGUGUGUGUUUGUCUCUCUCUUUGUGUGUGUUUUUAUGUUAAGCUUUAUUUUGUGUGUUUUCAAUACCGCACCCACCAUGUUCAUUUUUUAUUGUGGGCUAACAAGCUAACCGUCUGCUGGGAGCUAAUGUUUGCACUGGAGCUUAGCAGCAUCAGCAGCAGGUGUAACGUUAUUUGAACACCAGAGAGCAAACUGUUACUAGAGCUGCGAUUUGUGUGCCAUUGUUGAGCACCGUUAUAGCUUGACUUUAACACCAAAAUUUGCGGAUAUUGCAUGUGAUUUGUAGCCACAUCUUUCACCCUUCUUGUAGCCUGGUAACGCGUUGGCCUGGUAACGUAAGUGUAGUUCAUCAUGACAGGCGAGAAGAUACGCACCAUGCGAAAGGACCACAACAAACCCAACAAAAAUGAAGAUAUUAUGGACACGUACGAUGAAACUUCAAACGGGACUAUCCCUAACGGUACCAGUAACCAUUUUAAAUUCAACAAGGCUUUCCAGAAAUCAGUCAAAGCCUCGGUACUGCAACAGCAGCUCAACGCGAACAACAUCAAUGGUAAUUCAUCCUCAGUGGGCACCAUUGUUAAUGAUGACAACAAGAAUCCGAUCAUCCUGACUAAUAAUGAGGACUUGGAGUUUCCUGUUCACGAGUGCGUGUUCAAAGCUGAUGUGAGGCGGCUCUCCUCUCUCAUCAGGACCCAUAGCAUCUCCCAAAAAGAUGUGCACGGGAACACACCUCUUCACCUAGCUGUGAUGAUGGGCCACAAAGAGUGUGCCCUCCUGCUUCUGGCCCAUAAUGCACCUGUAAAGAUAAAGAACGCACAGGGAUGGAGUCCUCUAGCUGAAGCCAUCAGCUACGGAGACAGACAGAUGAUCACAGCCAUACUGCGGAAGUUAAAGCAGCAGUCCAGGGAGAGCGUGGAGGAUAAGAGGCCAAAAUUACUGAAAGCUCUUAGGGAGCUUGGUGACUUUUAUCUGGAGCUGCACUGGGAUUUUCAGAGCUGGGUGCCUUUGUUGUCGCGGAUGCUGCCAUCUGAUGCUUGUAAAAUCUACAAGCAGGGCAUCAACAUUAGACUUGACACCACUCUCAUAGACUUCACUGAUAUGAAAUGUCAGCGUGGAGAUCUUAGCUUCAUUUUCAACGGCGAAGCUGCUCCCUCGCAGUCCUUUGUGGUUCUGGACAACGAAGCAAAAGUGUACCAAAGAAUACACCAUGAGGAGUCAGAAAUGGAGACUGAAGAAGAGGUGGAUAUUCUGAUGAGCAGCGACGUCUACUCCGCAACUCUGUCCACAAAGUCAAUCUCUUUCUCCCGCAGUCAGAUCGGCUGGCUUUUCAGAGAGGAUAAAACAGAGAGAGUCGGAAACUUCCUGGCUGACUUCUAUUCAGUCAACGGUCUGAUGCUGGAGUCAAGAAAACGGCGAGAACACCUAAGUGAAGAAGAUAUCCUGAGGAACAAAGCAAUCAUGGAAAGCUUAAGUAAAGGAGGCAGCAUCAGCGAACAAAACUUUGAGCCUGUGAGAAGGCAGUCUCUCACAGCUCCAGCCCCAAACACAAUUUCUUGGGAAGAAUACAUCACCGCAGAGCACGGAAAGCCACCUCAUCUUGGGAGAGAGCUCGUGUGCAAGGAAAGCAAGAAGAACUUCAAAGCCACCGUAGCCAUGAGCCAGGAUUUUCCUCUAGGCAUCGAGUCGUUACUAAAUGUGUUGGAGGUCAUCGCCCCGUUCAAGCACUUCAACAAACUCCGAGAGUUUGUUCAGAUGAAGCUUCCGCCCGGGUUUCCAGUCAAACUCGACAUCCCCGUCUUCCCCACCAUCACAGCAACUGUCACCUUUCAGGAAUUCCGCUACGACGACUUUGAAGAGUCUAUUUUCUUCAUCCCCGCUGAAUACAAAGAAGAUCCUAGCCGCUUUCCCGACCUCUGACCUGUAAACACAACUUACACACAGGAAAUGACCAGCGAAUAUGUUUAGGGAAACAUGAGGAAUCAAGUGUUGUUUUACUCCUAUUAAUAUAUAUUAUCUGAUUAAAAAAGAAAAAGGAAAAAAAAGGGAACUGGUCUUAUAGAUCAGUUAUUGUUCAUUAUGCUGAUGGAUCCAAAGCAAAUCAAUGCAAGCAGAUGUUACAGAGUGCCAUCUCACACAUAGAUGCGUACCGGCAGUCGUUUUUUUGUGAAAUGAGUGAUAGCUUUCAUUGUACUCGCUGUUCGCCAGCUGAGAAGUUUAAAUCUGUGCUGCUGUUCUCUCCCAUGAAAGCUGUCAGACGACACAGCCUGGACUCGUCAUUGUCACAAUUUUAAUGACUAUAUCUACUCUCUCCCCUCAUCUCAAAGGACUGAUGACUGACUUCUCAUUCUCAAAACUGCUAUGACAUCGUCAUCUGUAAAUAAUUCACCUUCUCAUCUGUACUUCAUAACAAAAAGAAUCACAAAUAUUGCUAUAUCCUUAAACUGAGCUUAAUAUUCAUUUAUAAAUUAUGUAUUAUAUAAAUAUACAUAUAUAUAUAAACUCAUGGAGUAACACUGUGUAGCAAUACAUUUCCAGUACUUAAGAAUGUUUUUAACCAGCUGGGAGAAGGUUUAGCAUAAAACACAUUCUUAACAGUUCGUAUAUUCAAGCCUUUCCCCGGUUCAGGACGCAACCUCCUGUAUUUUCAGGUUAGCUCAUGUUACCUCUCGGCCGUCUCCAUGUUUGUCGUGAUAGUAUGAAUUCUGUGCUCGGUGUGAGUGAAUAAUUGUACUGUAUCGAGGAUUGUUGUAUGUACGUUUGUGUGUGGGAGAACCCAGGUGGGAUAUCAGGGAAACUGUUCUUAGUUUAAUACUGCACUGAUAUUAAGUAUAUUUAAGGCAUGCUAUGGCUGUGUUGGCCUGUUGGAUCUCAUGCAUCUUUAAGCUAUAUUCUCUGAACAUUUGUUACAUUACCUGCAGACUUAUUGGUAUUUAGAUUAAGGAAGAACUGAAAAAUUCUAACACUAACACUUUGAAACACCUUUUUAGUGCUUAUUAAAUCUCUCCUUAAUAGUAGUCUGCAUAUAAUUUUCCUUUGUUUUUUUUCUUUUUUGUUUUUGUGGGGUUUUUUUUGUUUUUUUGUUUUUUUUACAACGGAGAGUGAACUAAGCUGUGAAGUUGAUAUUGCUGGAUAUCCCAAAACUGUCCAGAGGAGAAAUAAUCUGAUCUGUUGAGUUGUCUCUGGCUUCAGCUAAUAUGUACUGCAACCAUACCUACUUCACAUCCCUUUAAAUAAAGCACCAGCAUCAUGUUUCAAAUGACUUUGUGUAAGUAUAAUUCAAAGACACCGUUCUACACCAGGCCUCCAGGUGGAUGAUAUGACAAUGUGUAUCGUAAUACGAGCCGACGGAAAGUUGUUAACUAUCAGAUAUUUUGCCAUACUGUUUAAUUGUGUAGCUGUACCACUGACAUGCUCAGAGUUUAUUUUGUAGGCAA